UAUUUCCAUGAUUAGACUGAAUAAUUCACGCAAAGGUGACAGUACAGUUAGAGCUGUAGUUGUUUCUGGGGAUGAACAUACUAAAUUAUCAGGUGCAAUUGAUGAUACACUGGCAGCAGAUAUGAUUCCCACAACUGAUGAUUUUUUUAUGCACAAGAAUGAGCCUGAUUGGGACACGCCAACGUGCGGAUUCGCUUCCGUAGAUGAGGCAAUUGAAGAUAUUCGUCAAGGCAAGAUGGUCAUUGUUGUGGAUGACGAAGACAGAGAAAAUGAAGGAGAUCUAAUAAUGGCAGCAGAACUAGCAACGCCUGAAGCUAUGGCGUUUAUUGUAAAGCAUGGAACUGGAAUUGUGUGUGUCAGCAUGAAAGGAGAAGACUUGGAUAGGUUACGGCUUCCUUUAAUGGUUCAGACAAAAGAAAAUGAGGAGAAGCUUUGUACAGCAUUCACAGUAACAGUGGAUGCAAAACAUGGUACAACCACGGGAGUGUCCGCUGAAGAUAGAGCAAAGACGGUCUUGACACUUGCAUCAAGAGAUUCUAAACCCGAGGAUUUCAACCGUCCAGGACAUAUCUUCCCCUUAAGGUAUAGGGAAGGAGGUGUUCUUCGAAGAGCUGGGCAUACUGAAGCAUCUGUUGAUCUUGCAGUCUUGGCUGGGUUUGACCCUGUUGCAGUUAUAUGUGAGAUCGUUGAUGAUGACGAUGGUUCCAUGGCAAGAUUACCAAAGCUUCGUGAAUUCGCACAGAGAGAGAACUUAAAAAUUAUAUCGAUUGCUGAUUUAAUCAGAUAUAGAAGGAAGUCAGAUAAAUUGGUCGAACGAUCCUCUGUGGCACGAAUACCAACCACAUGGGGACCUUUCGACGCCUACUGUUACAAGUCGAUGCUAGAUGGAAUUGAGCAUAUAGCCAUGGUGAAAGGUGAUAUCGGGGAUGGUGAAAACAUUCUUGUACGAGUACACUCAGAGUGCUUUACAGGAGACAUAUUUGGGUCGGCAAGAUGCGACUGUGGGGAUCAGCUUGCACUUGCUAUGAAACAAAUUGAGGCAGCUGGAAAGGGUGUGCUGGUGUAUCUUCGUGGACAUGAAGGAAGAGGAAUUGGUCUAGGCCUCAAGCUUCGAGCAUACAACUUGCAGGAUGAUGGGAGGGACACAGUAGAAGCUAAUGAAGAACUUGGAUUACCUGUUGAUGCGCGAGAAUACGGCAUUGGUGCGCAGAUAUUACGAGACGUCGGCGUACAGUCGAUGAAGUUGAUGACAAACAAUCCAACAAAGUAUGUUGGGCUCAAAGGUUACGGUUUGUCAGUUGUCGGCAGAGUUCCAUUAUUGACUCCAAUUACAAAGGAUAACCACAGAUAUUUGGAGACAAAACGGAAAAGAAUGGGGCAUGUAUACAAUUUUGAAUUUAAUGGUCGGCUUAACAUUGAUCUCAUUACUGGUACUGAGCAGCAGUAACAUUUCGAUUGUGAU